CACACUCUUACUUACAACCCCAAACUGCAAUUCAUGUUCCAAAGCUCAAAGAAAGAUACCAAACCACUGAGUGCCAUCUCCCUUUGUUCCUUUCUGGCUGAGAUUCGGAGAAAUUCCGGAUCUACUUGGAUCUCUGGCUCAUGAUUAACUGUUGAGAUUAAUUUUGCUGGACACCCCGCAAUGGUGGGUCACUUAAACUUGCAAGACAUGAAUGAGAACUUUGAGAUGAAAUGUAAGAACCAGGAGCGUUUUCUGGACAGUCCUGACUCUGGGCUCCCUCCCAGCCCCAGCCCUUUCUUUGCACUUUCUCCACGGAUUCCUGAGGACAAAGGAAACCCAACAGCCUGGAGAAACAGCCCAGCACCAGCCACAAGGAGCCAGGAGGGAAAACUGAUUCCGUACAUCGCCCUGAACUCACUCCCAUUGGACCCAAGACACAGAAUGCAGCCUGUGUGCUUCGGUGAGAGAAUUGAGGUGAAUUGUGAAUCAGCACAGGAAAUCCGCUGUCACUCUCUUGUGAGGUAUGACUCCGAGAAGCAUUACCGGGACUGUAUCUAUUACGAAACAGUUCCAACCAUCACUUUCUACACUGAGACCAUCAUCACUACUCCCAACUGCACUUGGAGGAAUUAUAAAUCACAACUCCGAUUCGAGCCUCGUCAGAAACCUCUGCGAUUUGAGACCACCACCAUCAUUUUCCCAAAACGUACAAAGAACAUUUUCAGGACCACACUGAACUACAAUCCCGGGGGCAGCAGCAGGCGCUUCAUGUCCAGUGUUCGGCUACAAACCAUCGAGAUGGUCAAACCCUGUUUCAUUUACAUGGAGGACCUGUGACCCACUGGGUCCUGGCACCUUCAGCUGAUGGAGCAGGGCAUCAUGGUCCUUCUCUCAGGCUCUUAUUAAUCUACAAACCUUGUAUAAUUGUUACUGAAUUUCUAAAUCCUGCCUACUCCAAGGAUCUUGUUACAAUUUAAUAAAACAAUUCAAAGUUCAGAAAUACCACAAAAAGCUCAGUUCUAAUUGGGUCAAAAUACCACAAGAGCAGUUCUGAUUGGUAAGUGCGUGGAUCUGAUUUGUUUGUAGGUGGAUCUGAUUGGAUCAACAAGAUACCACUUCCAAUUGUUUGAGCUGACUGUUUCCCAGGGGUCAGUGAGAGAAACCACAAAGAGACUCAAGUUAACCUCGGGGCUAGAGUUGGGGCUGUGUUGGCCGAGGGUUUUGGAAUUGUCAGCGACACUGGGAGAACAUGCAGGUGAUCACCUACCUGAGGACCAUUUAACAAUGAGCAAUGUCUCAGAAACAGUCACAGGGUAACCAGGAUGGAGCAUUGGUCCCUGUCAGAUCAAGCAACUGCUGUUUGUCAGUUGGGUUAAACUGGUCAAUGGGUAAAGCUGGCUGUUUGGGUUAAUCUGGUAUUCCAGCCAUUUCUACUUAAAUAUGCAGGUGUGAGAUGGAGGAUGUGACAGGUCACUUGGUGUGUGUUCCUCAGAGGGAUCAGGUGAAGAAGCACAUUUAGUGAGAAUGUCACCAAUUGCAUUAAGAUCUUGGUAACUGAGUCACUCCUGAGCCACCCAAUGAUCUUUAACUUGCCCCCAUGACAGAUUCUCUUUUCACCAACACACACACAGAACUGAUCCUGGUAUAGACUCCUAUCUGAGUUGGGGUCUGAGGCAUUGGGAGUUCAGGGAGUGAGGGCGUUAAAGGGCAGAAAGGGCAGGGGUGGGGGCGACAUGGGUGUGCUCAAAAUUCUCAGACAAUAGGAGCUACUGCCCUCACAGAGACAUUACCCCACACUCACCCACUCUUGGCUUCAGUCACAGAACUGGGACACAAGAAUUGGGAGGCU